AUGUCGGAGCCCAUUCAAUCUUUUGAAGAGAGCUCCAGAGAUGCUGAUGAAUACAAGGCACUUACUUCAGUUUUAUCUGCUUUUUAUAAUUAUGGUCAAUGGGCCAGAUCAAUGAUCUUAAAUCCCAAGAGGUUGAAGUGGAAGUCAUUGACUGAAGAAGAAAAGGCACUUAUUCCUUGGUUCCCAUCCCAUUUGGAAAUGCUUGAAUUCGGUAUUGAAAAGAAUGAACUAUUUUUCCAGGACGUGGCUUUGAAGACAGCGGUCAGCUGGGGAGCCCAGAUGGAUCCAUCUACUUGGUCUUUCUGCACUACUCAGGAUCUGGAUAAAGUUAGAGGAUUGAUGAUACAAUACGUUCGAGAGUGGUCACAAAUCGGCGAAUCAGAACGUAAUAUCUCAAUGGGGAGGAUUCUCACGGCAUGUGAAGAUCUUUACCCCGAUGUUCCCUCUAGACAGGACCUUCAAGUAUUGGUGCCAGGCGCUGGCUUGGGAAGGCUCGUACUCGAGUUUGUUAAAAGAGGAUUCAGAACGCAAGGUAACGAGGUAUCCUAUCACAUGCUUCUCAACUCUAGUUACAUUCUUAAUUGCUCUUACUCUACCAACAACUUCUGUAUCUGUCCUUUCAUUCACAAAGCAUCUAACGUCGCCAAGCGCAACUACCAGAUCAGACAGGUGUAUCUUCCGGAUUACCUUCCUGGAGACAUCUCGCUGAUCAACGAAAAAUAUCCAGAGAUUCCAGUUGGCGAUCUCAUGUCGAUUGUUACCGGUUCAUUUGUGGAUUUGUACGGCCCUAUGAAUCUCAAUAAGAUAAAUGAGACCUACACUCAAGAUGCAAAAGCUAUAGAGUUCAGAAAGACCAACGCUAAGAAGUUCAACGUAGUGGCUACAUGCUUCUUUCUUGAUACUGCUUCAAAUGUCAUUGAUUACAUCAAAUCCAUACGAAAUUGUCUUAGAGAUGACGGUUACUGGGUGAAUUUUGGUCCUUUAUUAUGGCAUCACGAGGAUGACGACGAAGUGGUUAACACUAAGAUAAUAGAUAGUAUUACUCAUGAGCAGACGCAGAUUCCUACGCCGUCGAAGGGUUUAGAGCUUUCUAGAGAAGAUCUUUUAAGAUUGAUUAAAGACAUGGGAUUUGAAUUCGUUCAACAUGAGUCUGAUAUAGAAACAACUUAUGGUGGAGAUGAUAAAGCUUUGGGAUUAUGGAAGUAUAAAUGUGAGUUUUGGGUGUGUAAAAAGGUAAUGAAAGCAUGA